AUGUCGGCCAGAAAGUCUCUUGAGUCUUCGCCGCCCACGCCAUAUCCUGACCAAAUCGCCACCCUCGAGCGUCGGAUCGCUGAACUUGAGCAAGACAAAGCGCAUCUUGUUAAAACAUUAUCCGAGUCUAACCAACGCGUCGCCGAAGCUGAGCAAAGCACUGCUGCUGCUGAAGCCGAGACUGCAGCGGCAAAGCAGCGCGCCCAAACACGCUACACAGAGAGGCUCCAUGCCAACAACGAGGCUAGGAAUGUUCAAAACACGAUGAAGGAGCUGGCUUUUAGAUUUGAUGAUUAUUCAAUCAAGACCAGUAGAUUGGUUGAUGCCCUCAGGGUCCGAAUCACGCAUCUGGAAACUGAAAUCUCGGCCAAAAAAGCUAAAAUCCAAGAGUUGGAAGGGGGACUUCAUGAAAUCCACACUGGCUUUACAGUUAAUCAGCCAGACGAGUUUGAUAUCGAAACACAACCUGGCAAGACUUUUCGUGACCUCAAGGACAAGAUCAUACGACUGGAACUAUCUCUUGCUAGGGCUGAACAGGACAAGGAACAAGCUGUGAAAGACAAAGAUGCGAUAGCAAAGUCACAAGCCAGGUUUCAAAUGGAUCAAGCCUAUUUCAGGAAGCGAGAGAUUGAGCUGAUUCAAACUAAUCAGAUAAAGCUCCAGGAUGCUCAAUUGCAUUGGCAAUCAAAAUUAGAGAUUAUGGCGAAAGAAUUGGAAGGAGUGAAGAGAGAGGCCGAGGAUGCUAAGCAGAAAUUGCAAAUGGUGACUCGUAUAAUGCAGAAUACCCCUCAGAAGCCUGGCGUACAGCAACAACAGCAGCAGCAACUUCAGACCUCCCACUCAGACAAGAAAAGAAGGUUAAGUCACAAUGGAAACAUCGAAACCACUACAUCCGCAUUUCAACGCGCACGUAACCAGUCUUUCCUUCUUAAUUCUAUUAGUACGGGCUCAAAUCCGCCUACAGGAUCGAGCGGAGGUGCACCGAGGACAGAAGCUCAGCCAACCCCAAGGCAGCCCUUGAACAUGGCACAAGGUAUUGGAUACAGGCAGUAUCCAUCGGCAAGUUUCACUAGUUCGUCUAGUCCAAGCUCACCCAUUCCAACCACUCAACGACAAUACUCUCCAGGUCAUGGCCCGUCUCCGAUUCAACAGCACGGUGUUAUGAUGCAACCCAGGCCUCCAAUGGGACGACAACAAUCCAUGGGCCAUCUGUCGCCCCAGCAGCAGCAGCCAGGUCUUUUGCAGAAUGCAGGAUUGGAUAAUACAGCAUCGCAGGCUCAAACUCACUCAAACUAUGGGAUUAACGUACAUUCGGCUGUCAACACGGGCGUCGUACAGCAGCCUCAUAAUGGCAUGAUACAGCAACCCCCACCUUCCUUCAUGCCUAGCCGUACGCACCAGUCCAACAGCUCAAACACGUCGUUCUUCCCGAACAUACAAGGUAGCACCGUUCCCUCCACCUUUAGUAGCAAUGUCUUUGCUGAAGAGUCAAGCAAUAUGGCGCUAAGCAACAUUGACUUCUUUCUGAAUAACGAUUCUGGGUUUGCCAACUAUCCCACGGGAGAAGUAUCCCAAGAUCCAUUGUACAGCAAUGGUUUCACAACAAGCAGGAAUUACAACGCUCCAAGCCAGGACAUGAUUCGUGCGAACUGCUUUUGGGAGAAGGAGAAGAAUGAAUGGGAGGAGAGCGAGCUUUGGCUCGAAUAUCAGGCGGAUGACAUGAACCAUGUGUGUCAGCGAUGCUUCGAAUGUGCCGCUGAGAUCUGGGAGGAAGGCUCCAAGUAUCUCAUUGUUCAUGAGCAUGGUAUUGGAUUCAAGGUAAUGGACGUCUUUUUGGCUUCUCCAAAGUGGGAAAAGGACUUUGAGAAUUUAUAA